AUCCCUAUUUCGGUCCAGCCCGGUGAUAAAGUUAUUAUACCCGAAUUUGGUGGUAUGAAUUUGAAGUUGGACGGUGAAGACUUCCAAGUUUUCCGUGACGAUGACAUUGUGGGCAAAAUCGUUUCACAACAAGCAACAUCUACGGAGGAGUAA